ACAAACUUGGAAAUAUUGUAAAAAACGUUUUCCAAUUUAGUUUUGGUUCAAUAUAAUGUGAAAGAGAAUGAAGCAACAUUGACUUUGAACUUUUGCUUAAUCUAGUCGGUAUAAACAAUGUGACUUGACUAUUACAAAACUAUUUAAUAGGAAAAGGGACAAACCUUUUCUUAGCGAGUAGGAAGAUUUUUUAAGAACUAAAAAAAUUCAAAAGAGACUGUUUUUCAAGAUGGUUUUGAGAUUUUGGUUUCGCAAGGACUGGGGAGCAAAAUAUUGGUCUAAGAAACUAAAACCGUUACUAAAGCCAUUAUAUCAUCCUGUUCAAUUUGUGUUGCUGUAUUACCGAUCCUACUACAAAACAUGCAGAAAAGACCUGACCUGUAAAAGAGCUAUGAAGUGCAUUCAGAAACGACACAUCCAGAAGUUCAACUUCCCAGACAUCGCUUACAAUUUUUGUAUCGGAGGUGAUGGAGUCGUAUACGAGGGCAGAGGAUGGGUGACUUUGCCUCAAUAUAUGGAUCUGAGCUACAAGGAAUACAAUGGGAACAGCAUUGACAUCGCAUACAUCGGCGACUUUAGAGAAGGUGCUCCUGACUAUAUGAACAUGGCUGUUCAUGAACUGAUUGAAUUUGGAGUGGAGUUCGGUUACAUCAGUCCAGAUUAUGAAGUUAAGGAACUGACCAAGCUGGUCAAGAAUUAAGAAUUUUAUCACAAGAAACUAAGUGAUUAAGGAGUCUAGCUAGACAUUAUUUUUCUGUAGCAUUGUACAAUUUAAAUGUAUAGAUAAUGUUUCUUACAUCAAAGGAAUAAGGUUAAUAAUUUGUUGUAUUUAAAAUAAA